AUGGGAAGAUCGCCAUGCUGUGACAAAGUAGGGUUGAAGAAAGGGCCAUGGACGCCCGAAGAGGAUCAGAUGCUCUUGGCUUACAUCGAGGAGCACGGCCAUGGUAGCUGGCGAGCUUUGCCUUCCAAAGCAGGUCUACAACGGUGUGGGAAGAGCUGCAGGCUGAGAUGGACAAACUAUCUGAGGCCGGAUAUUAAGAGGGGCAAGUUCAGUUUGCAGGAAGAACAAACCAUUAUUCAACUCCAUGCCCUCUUGGGGAACAGGUGGUCAGCCAUUGCGACACACUUGCAAAAGAGGACGGACAACGAGAUAAAGAACUACUGGAACACCCACCUUAAAAAGCGGCUAACCAAAAUGGGGAUCGACCCCGUGACCCACAAGCCGAAGAACGACGCCCUCCUCACCACCCAAGCCGGCUCCAACUACUCCAGCUCCAAGAGCGCCGCCAACCUCAGCCACAUGGCUCAGUGGGAGAGCGCCAGGCUCGAAGCCGAAGCCCGCCUCGUCCGACAGUCCAAGCUCCGUUCCCACUCCCUGCUCGCCGCCACCUCAGCUGCCGCCGCACAGCUGGCAACUCGAUCCAGCUCAGCAGCCGCCACGUCGAUCAAGUCCUGGUCCGCUAGCAGCAGCAUCAACGUCCACGUGGAUCUUGAGUCUCCCACGUCAACUCUCUCCACCACCGCAUUGCCGGGGAAUCCGAUUAGUAGUAGUAGUCAUGAUCAUCAUGAAGAUGAUCGUUCUCCGUCAAUCCCGCACAUGUUCGAGUUCAUCAAGGACAUAUCUCAUCAUCACCGCCAUGAUCAUGAUGAUGAGAGUGAUGACUGGACAGUGUGCCAGCUGGCAGCUGACCAUCAUUCAGCAAUAAAUGAUCAUCACAAUCACAUUGCUGUUGCUAGUGGAGGUACGAUUUCCUGCUGCAGCUCCAUGGAAGCGGGGGAAUGGACUCUCAACAAUAAAGAGAGUAGUAAUGGUGGUGGUGAUGAUGAUGUGGCGGAGGAGGGUUUUAUUAGUCUUUUGUUGUGUGAUUCGACGGCGGCGGCAGGUGGGGAUCAUCAAGAGCAUGGAAGCAGCAGCGAGGUUAAUAAUAACUCGGAGAUUAGUGGUGGUGGUAAUGAGAAGAAUAGUAAUAAGGAUUCGUCAGAGAACAACAGCGGGAGUACGAUGACGACGACUAAUGAGCAGCAUGAGUAUUGCGAGGACAAGAACUACUGGAAUAGUAUUCUGAAUUUGGUCGACACUUCUUCUCCCUCGCCCCACGGUGAUGAUACUGAUACUCCCAUGUUUUAG